ACUGCUUUCCAUUGAUGUUUUGAUUCGCGCGAUCAAUCCUCCUUUCAGCCUCCAAUAUUCGAGGCUCAGAUAUGCUACCAGAUCGAAAUAUUUUAUUAUAACAACAAUGGGGGAUACUCAGAAUCAGCCAACUGGAAAAAAGGAGUUUGCAGUCAUUGCUCCCAAAAGCAGAAGACAAAAGACUACGAGAAAACUUCAGAAAAUUAGGUUCAAGAGAAGUUUAAAUCCAAAUCGUAGCUGGGGAUCAUUGGGGCAUGAUGUCUCAUCCAUGUAUGAUAUGAAACUGGCAAAGCUGAGGAGCAACAACCGAGCCCUCGCAAAAGCUUUAGCGUCACAGAAAAUUGAAACACAACACUGGUAUAAUAAAGUGAUUUCACUGAAAGCAGAGUUACAAGAUGCCCAGGAAUUACUCCGAAGUGGUAAUACAGAUAAUGAGGCAGCAAUUGAACGGGAGGUGGAACUGCGUCUAAGAGAAUACAGUGAACCAUUCAAUGCUGCCAUUAGUGAGUCCAUGCAAAAUGUACUGGUGGUAGUGGAGAGUCUGACCAAGUUAAAAGGCCUGGCUGGAGGGGCUCUGAAGAAUCGCCGCAGCCGUUCCUCAAGUACAUCCCGCAAAUCCUCAUCUGCCUUCUCAUUACCACGAACAUCAGGUUAA